AUGCAGAGACCCAGUGGUCAGGGGACCGCCUUCUCCAUCGACUCGCUCAUCGGGACGCCACCGCCGCGCUCCGGGCACCUGCUCUACACCGGGUACCCUAUGUUCAUGCCGUACCGGCCACUGGUGCUGCCGCAGGCGCUGUCCCACGGGCCGCUCCAGUCGGGGCUGCCACCGCUGGCCCCCCUGGCCUCUUUCGCCGGCCGCCUCACCAACACCUUCUGCGCCAGCCUGGGCCAGGCCGUGCCCUCCAUGGUGGCCCUCACGACGGCCCUGCCCAGCUUCUCCGAGCCCCCCGACGGCUUCUAUCCGCCCCAGGAGCUGCCUCCGCCGCGCAGCAACCCCGACGCCGGCUGCCGACGGGGAGCCGAGGGCCUGGAGGCGGAGGAGCUGCCCCCGGGGAGGGACAAGGGGCCAUCCGAGCCGCCGCUGCACUUCCCGGACCCCUUUCCCAGCCUGGCAGACGGGAAGGCGUACAGCUCGGACGAGGAGAAGUUGGAGGUGAAGUCGGCGGCCACACCGUGCAGCGAGCGCGAGGAGGAGAGCUCGGCGGGCGACAGCGAGGAGGAGCCGUUCCUGGACGGAGCAGCCACAGCCGCGCUGGGUCCCAAGGCCAAAGGCAAGGGGGGUCCUGCGGCCGAGCAGCCCCCGCCGGGCUCCGGGGCUGGGAAGAGCCGCCGGCGCCGCACGGCCUUCACCAGCGAGCAGCUACUGGAGCUGGAGAAGGAAUUUCACUGCAAGAAGUACCUGAGCCUGACGGAGCGCUCGCAGAUUGCUCACGCCCUGAAGUUAAGCGAGGUGCAGGUGAAGAUCUGGUUCCAGAACCGGCGCGCCAAGUGGAAACGCAUCAAGGCCGGCAACGUGAGCAACCGCUCGGGAGAGCCCGUCCGCAACCCCAAGAUCGUGGUGCCCAUCCCGGUGCACGUCAACCGCUUCGCCGUCCGCAGCCAGCACCAGCAGAUCGAGCAAGGCGCCCGGCCCUGAGCGCCGUCGGGGAUCUCGGACCCUGGGGUGGCGGGGAGGGGGCCCGGGCACCCCGCUUGCAUUCCUCUGUACAUGUCCCUUAUUUAUUCUGUGUAAAC